CUCCCGAAAUGUCCGUGGAACUACCCACGGCUGGUCACACUGCCGGUCAGGUGCACAGUUGUCCAUCUCCAUUUCAAUAAAAGAAAAAAAAACAGCGAAAAGUUGUAGAGAAAAAUAAAUACAUGAAUACUACCGCCAAGGUGUUCGUCGGCAGCCUGCCGCGCUGCAAGCCGGACGAACUGCGUCGACUGUUCACCAACUAUGGAUCGGUCGUUGAGUGCGACGUGAUGAACCGCUGCGCCUUCGUCCACCUGGAGAACACAGACAUGGCGGAGGCGGCUAUCGCCGCACUGAAUGGCACCAUCUUCAAGGGCCAGCCCAUCGUGGUGGAGGCGGGCAGGCCAAAGUACGGCCCUGGAGUUGGUAGUCGAGGUCAGCCGGGCUCUGGUGACAAUCCGGGGCGCAGACUCUCACAGGUUCAAGGUGGCGGAGCGGACAAGAGACCACAUGAAUCUGGUGGCAACUUCAAGCGAAACUUCCGUGAAGAAGUCGGUGGCAGAUACUCCAACGAAGGCCCAAGGGGCUCCAACUCCCCGGCCGCCAAAUUUGGUCCCGUAAGAAACGAGUCCAACUACAGACAACAGCGCAGUGCACCUUACUCGAAAGGACCAGCGGACAAUGAGUCUUCCAAUCAGAGACAGGGAUUUAGGAACAAAUUUGCAGGCGCUGGCAAGUUUGGAGGAAGCGCGGGCAACGAAGGACGCUUCGGCAACAAUCGGUUUCAGCAGCGUGACAACAGUGGAUCACAGCCUGGCAGAAGAAACUUUAAGAACAGCCCAACCAGCGGGUAUAGAGGAGGAAGCAGCUCUAGUGACUUUCAAGGAGGCAGCUCCAGCGGCGGGGGAGGAGGAUCCGUGAAUCAGAGGGCCGGUGGCGGGGGACCAGGUCCCAGCAAUGUGCGACAGGAUCGCCGUGGAUUUGCCCUGCCUGUAGAACAUCAGCAGCAGCAGAUGGGCUUUGGACGCUUUGGCAAUGGACCCAUGAACUCUGGCAAUCGUGGGACUAAUGGUGGAAAUCCACCAGGAGGACGUGGGUUCUUCAAUGGAGGAGGCGGAUUCAACGAAAGACGCGGUAGCAGUCACGAAACCAGCAGUCCCCAAGGAGGCCCAAACAAACGGGGAGGAUCAGGAGCUAGAAAUCACAAUCAGAAUGGCAUAAAUGCAUAUCACUCGGAAUUCCCGCCCUUGGGCAGUGGCGGCGGAGUUCCAGCCCAAAGAAACCGCUUCAACGGACCCAGACCCGGGCCAAAUAUGGGCGGCAAUAGAAGAUUUUAAGCAAGUGCAAUGCAGCAACGAUGUUUUCCAGUCCUCCCUCGUGUACUCCACUUAAUAAUGUAAUAGCCGAAUUUUGUUUUCAUUGUUCCGCGCUCCGAAUCUUUUAGUUAAGCCAAUGACGACGACUUUUUAAUUUGUCCCACACCCAUGUACUUUUAAGGCCCACAUCAACAGUAUAUUUGUUAUUCGUAGUCUAAGAUUGUUUCGAUAUUUAUGCAAUACUUAAAUAAUCAUAUUUCUUGUGUGCAACUA